AUGGAGGAGAUCACCACCACAGACCUAUCUCAGUUCAAUGAUUCCUCGUAUGACGGAGCAGUUUACCUCCUAUUUCUCUUCUGUUACCUUAGCAGCAUGUGUCUCCUGACAGCAAUGACUGUGGAGCGACGUGUCUCUGUCCUCUUCCCAAUCUGGUACCGAUACCACUCAUUAGGCACC